CCAUGGCGGGGCCAGCCCACCGACUAGGGUUCUCGCGAGAGGCGAUAAGAACCCCUCGCUCCCCCACCAGCCGCCGCUCCUUCUCCCCUCCCGCCGCCGCCGCCUCGCUUCGCCGCAGGAGUUUGCAAAGAUGGUGGUGCCGUUGCUGACGAAGAAGAUCGUGAAGAAGCGGGUGAAGCAGUUCAAGAGGCCGCACAGCGACCGCUACAUUGGCCUCAAGACAAGCUGGCGCAGGCCAAAGGGUAUUGACUCUCGUGUCAGGAGAAAGUUCAAAGGAUGCACCUUGAUGCCCAACAUUGGAUAUGGUUCUGACAAGAAGACAAGGCACUACCUUCCCAACAAGUUCAAGAAGUUUGUGGUGCACAAUGUCUCUGAGCUGGAGCUGCUUAUGAUGCACAACAGGACAUACUGCGCUGAGAUUGCUCACAACGUCUCCACCCGCAAGCGCAAGGAGAUCGUCGAGCGCGCUGCGCAGCUGGACAUCGUGGUCACCAACAAGCUUGCCAGGCUCCGCAGCCAGGAGGACGAGUGAAAUUUUCUGCAGUUUUUCGUGCUUAUGGCUGCAUUGUUCGUAGGGCAGUGCCUUGGUACCUUAAAAUUAUCCAUUUUGUGUUGCUGUUAGAUUUGCCCGUAUGGACAUCAUUUUGCUGUGAGUGACCUGUCUAGUUUUAGCAACAAUGAGAUAAAAAGACUUUCAGCUUUUCAUCAUCAUAAACUUAUGUGGUUUCUCUUGAGCGCUCCAAGUUUUCUAGAUCCUGGAAACACUUGUUAGUUAUUAUUGUCCUCUAUGAGAAUACAACUAAAUCAAUCCA